UCCAGGCUUGUGCAUGUUGUGGGAUCCCUUACAAGUUUAUUUUGUGUUUUGGGGAAAGGAUCUGAAAAAAGAUUGUUGAAGAGUCCUAUAAUUAUGACAAUUACCUCAAUUCUGUUAGCUUGGACAUCAGAAGAUGAUAUCUCUAAACCAAUUUUAAAUAGCAAGGCAUUUUUCCUGAAGGUUAUUUAUGAUACUUCAGAAGAUUUUGUUGUAAUAUCAACUGCUUGUAAAUGUUUGGAAGAAAUUGAAAUUUUCUAUCCUGGAAUACUGAAAUCUGAAGUUAAAGAUAUAAUAGCUGCUUGUGAACGGCAUACAUCUCCAGCUUUUCAGAGUUAUAGUCUUUUAGUUUGUGCUAUCAUCCGAAAUAUGAUUUGUGCAAAAAAUUUAUCUAAUAAGAAGAUAUUACAAGAUUCAGAUGUUAAUACUGUAAGUUGGAUUAAUUGUGGCUUUAACUUUUAUCUCAAUGGUUUGAAUUUAAAAUAUGAAGAAGACUGUGGAGAGGAAAUUCACAUUUUUUCCGUGGUAUCAUAUCUUCUUGACCUUCUUCCCUUGAUGACAUAUACUGCAGCCUACAAAAUGUUAAAGGAUCUAAUUUGUAUUGUGAAGAAUUCCUCAGAACUCUUACCUACAGUAAGUCUUCACUCAUUUUAAAAACUGAGCUGAUUAUUGUUAAAACAAUAGAUAGAUUCCAAUCAUUAUGAAUUUUCUCUUUUACUUUUCAUGAUCAUCUUAAAUGGCAUAAAUGAUUUUAUUUACCACAGUUUUACAU